AUGGCUUCUGCACGACAGCAAGCCUACGAUAAUCCCGACUUGUCUGCGACAUCCCCAGGAGAGGAAUCUGAGGCCGUAAUGUCUGGAGAAAACGAGCCAGAGCCCCACCCAGGAGUCGACGGUGUUCCCGUUCGUUGGUACGAUGCGGAUAGAACAGAGCCUUAUACGCGAAUUACACCAUUCCAAGAGAAGCACGACACAACUGUGGAGUUCUUCUACAAGCCGCUGACCCUGACGGCGUUGGCGUGCGGCCUCGUGGUUCUCGCAUAUGUUGCGAUGACACAGGACGUCUUAGAAGAAGGAAGGGACAAGCGGAGAGUGGGAAUUUAUGCCGCCAUAGCUUCUUUCCUUGUCUUCUCGAUGAUACAGUUCCGUGAUGGUCCUUUCAUUCGACCUCAUCCUGCCUUUUGGCGCAUUGUCCUCGGUGUCAAUCUCCUCUACGAGCUCGGCCUUGUAUUCCUGCUCUUCCAGGACCUUGCAACAGCACGGCAAAUGAUGACGUACAUCGAUCCCAACCUCGGCAAGCCAUUGCCCGAGAAGAGCUAUGCAGACGACUGCUCUCUAACAGCGAAGAACCUAUGGAACGCGAUCGACAUCUUUUGUCUUGCUCAUGCCCUCGGCUGGUUUGGCAAGGCGAUGAUUCUCCGGGACUAUUGGUUCUGUUGGAUUCUGAGUAUAGCAUUCGAACUUGCUGAAUAUAGCUUGCAACAUCAACUUCCGAACUUCGCAGAGUGCUGGUGGGAUCACUGGGUACUUGAUGUUUUACUCUGCAACUGGCUUGGGACCUAUGUCGGCAUGAAAGUCUGCCAAUAUUUCGAAGUAAAGCCGUACGAGUGGAGAGGUCUUCGUCAAACUCGAGGAAUCAAGUCAAAGGCUAAACGCGUGCUGAGUCAGUUCUCCCCGCAUGACUUUACUGCGUUCAAGUGGGGAACUGCGACGGACUUCCUUCAUUACGUAUCCGUGGUACUCUUGCUGGCGGUAUUUCUAGCGGCUGAAUUGAAUCCGUUUUAUCUCAAGAGUCUGCUAUGGAUGGAGCCUGACCACCCCGUCGUUAUCCUCCGACUCGCAUUUAUCUUCCUAUGCGGACUCCCCGCUGUUCGAGAGCUAUACCAAUACAUCAACGACCCGAGGCGCGCAGUCCGUAUGGGUCAACACGUCUGGCUUUUGCUUGCCACCAUCAUAACCGAACUAUUGGUUAUAACGAAAUGGAGUAAAGGACAGUUUCCAGAACCUCUGCCAUCAAAGGUGAGAUGGGGGUGGACUAUCGGUGCCAUCUUACUGGUACUUUACCCGACCGUCCAGUUCGGGAUCCCGAGUGCUCGAAGGUACAUCCGGAGACACAAGAAGGCGUCGAAGUCGAAGGCGUUGAAGGUAUCAUGA